CAGCUGUUUGAAGAGACAGGAUUUAUGAACUGCAAGAAGUUUGUGUUUGAUGUUCUUUAUUGUUGAGACAGAGCACUGCCUGUAAAAUGAGUCUCUGUGAGAAGAGAGAGGAGGAGGAGGACGUUCACACACAUGAAGCAGCAUCUCCUGAACCCAGCUGUGUGUCUGUGAAGAGUGACCAGUCCAUAGAAAACCCCCCUGAUCUCAAGGAUGGAGCAGUAACCUCAGACUCGGAAGUGAAGAGUGAUGAUGUGAUCAGAUCAGUGAAGUUCUAUUUGACACGCUUUGUCUCCUACUGUCGGAACUUUCUGGGAUGGCAAAACAUAGAAGCUCUGCAGACACACAAAUUGCUGAAGGAGAAUGCAGACAUGCAGCACAAUUCUCAUCAACCAGUAGAUGAUGUCAUACAGAGAGUGAGAGAUCAACAUAAAACCAGUAUGAAGAACAAGUAUGAGAGCUUAUUUGAGAGAAUCACACUAGAAGAGAAUCAAAUCCCUUUGAACUGGAUCUACACACAGCUCUACAUCAUAGAGGGAGAGAGUGAAGGGGUGAAUGAAGAGCAUGAGGUUUUACAGAUGGAGAAAACAUCCAGAACACAAGACACUCCAACCUACUGCAAUGACAUCUUUAAACCCUUACAUGAACCAGGAUGUGAGGAGAAAGACAAAAUCAAGACUGUUCUUACUAAAGGCAUCGCUGGAAUUGGAAAAACUGUCUCUGUGCAGAAGUUUAUUCUGGACUGGACCGAUGGAAAAGCCAAUCAGGAUGUAGAUUUCAUGUUUGUUCUUCCAUUUCGAGAGUUGAACUUGAUUAAAGAUCACCAGGACAGUCUUCACAACCUUCUACUGGACUUUUAUCCUGAACUUCAAGAUCUGGACUCAAAGGUUUAUGAGGAGUGUAAAGUUUUGUUCAUCUUUGAUGGUCUAGAUGAAAGCAGAAUUACACUGACAUUUUCAGAUGAUGAGAAAGUUUGUGAUGUGAAUGAGUCUUCAUCAGUGGGUGUGUUGAUGUCAAACCUCAUCAGAGGAGAGCUGCUUCCCUCUGCUCUCAUCUGGAUCACCUCCAGACCAGCAGCAGCCAAUCAGAUCCCCUCAAAAUACAUCAACCGUCUGACAGAAAUUCAGGGAUUCAGUGAGUCUCAGAAAGAGGAAUAUUUCAGGAAGAGAAUCAGUGAUAAGCAUCAAGCCAGCAGAAUUAUUUCACACAUUAGAAGAUCAAGAAGCCUCUACAUCAUGUCUCACAUCCCCGUCUUCUGCUGGAUCUCAGCCACUGUGCUUCAUAACCUCCUGAAACAAGAUGUCAGUGCAAAAAUCCCUCAAACUCUGACAGAAAUGUACAUCCACUUUCUGCUGACUCAGAUCAACAUGAGGAAUCAGAAGUAUAAUGAGAGAGAUCCAGAGAAACUCCUGAAGUCCAACAGAAGAGUGAUUGUGAAACUUGCUGAACUGGCUUUCAGUCAGCUGAUGAAGGGCAAUGUAAUGUUCUAUGAGGAGGACCUGAUUGAGAGUGGCAUAGACGUCACUGAUGCCUCAGUGUAUUCUAGAAUCUUUAAAGAGGAAUCUGUGAUUCAUCAGAGGAAAGUUUACAGCUUCAUACAUCUGAGCUUUCAACAGUUUCUAGCUGCAUUUUUUGUGUUUUACUCAAAGGUUGUCAAAAAUAGGGCAUCACUGCAGUUGUUCCUGGAUGGAUGUAACUGGAACAUUUGGGAAUGCCAUCUUCUGCAUGAGAUACUAAAAGCAGCAGUUAAUAAAUCAUUACAUAGCAAAAAUGGACACCUGGAUAUUUUCUUGCGGUUCCUGUUGGGCGUCUCACUGGAGUCCAAUCAGAAACUUCUAGAGGACCUGUUGACACACACAGUGAACACCUUGGAAACAAUCAAGAGAAUCACACAGUACAUUAAAGACAAAAUCAAGGGUGAUGAAUGUCUCUCAGCUGACAGAUGCAACAAUCUGUUCCUCUGUCUGAUCGAAAUGAUGGAUCAGACUCUGUACAAAGAGAUUCAGGAGUUUGUGAAAUCAGAGAAUCGCUCAGUGAAUAAACUCUCUCCCUCUCACUGCUCAACAAUCGCCUACAUUAUUCAGAUAUCAGAGGAGGUGCUGGAUAAGUUUGAUCUGAAGAAAUACAACACAUCAAAUGAGGGUAAAAGGAGACUGAUACCAGCUGUGGUGAACUGCAGAAAAGCUCUACUUGCUGACUGUAAUCUCACUGGUCAGUGUUGUGAAAGUUUGUCUUCAUCUCUACAAUCAUCAAACUCUCUGAGAGAGCUGGACCUGAGUAACAAUGACCUGCAGGGUUCAGGAGUGAAGCUGCUCUCUAUUGGACUGAAGAGUUCACACUGUCAACUCAACAUACUGAGAUUGACAAGCUGUAAACUCACUGGUCAGUGCUGUAAAAGUUUGUCUUCAUUUCUACAAUCAUCAAAAUCACUAAGAGAGCUGGACCUGAGUAAUAAUGAUCUACAGGAUUCAGGAGUGAAGCUGCUCUCUGAUGGACUGAAAAGUCCACACUGUCAACUCAACAUACUGAGAUUAUCUCGCUGUAUGGUGACAGAGGAAGGCUGUUCUUUUCUGGCUUUAGCUCUGAGUUCAAACCCCUCACACCUGCAAGAGCUAGAUCUGAGCUACAAUCACCCAGGAGAAUCAUUAGUCGAGCUGCUCUCUGAUCCAAGCUACAGACUGGACAAACUCAAUGUGGAUCAUGGAGGAGUGUUCAGGAUUACAGAAGGACCACAGAAAUAUGCAUGUGAUCUCACACUGGAUUUAAACACAGCAAGCACUCUUCUCGCUCUGUCUGAGAUGAACAGAAAAGUGACACAUGUGAGAGAGAAGCAGCCAUAUCCUGAUCAUUCAGAGAGAUUUGAUGAAUGGUGUCAGGUUCUGAGUAGAGAGAGUCUGACUGGAUGCUGUUACUGGGAGGCUGAAUGGAGAGAGAGGGCUGAUAUAUCAGCGACAUAUAAAGGAAUCAGUAGGAAAGGAUGGUGUACUGAAAGUUUGCUUGGGCACAAUGAAAAGUCUUGGAGUCUGAAUUGUUUUGAUAACAAUUUUAUUGUGAGACACAAUAAGUACAGAAAAGUCAUACCUGUCCCUUCAUGCCGCUCUAACAGAGUAGGAGUGUAUCUGGACUGGUCGGCCGGCACUCUGUCUUUCUACAGCGUCUCUGACACACACAAACUCACACACUUACACACAUUCAGCACCACAUUCACUGAACCCCUCUAUGCUGGAUUUGGGGUUUAUCCUUAUAGGCCAGUGUCUCUGUGUUAGUUUUAACAGCUUUCUGUGAGAAACAAGUUAGACACAGAGUUGAGAGAAAGAAACGCACUCACAUUAUUUCUCUUUAACUCACACAGCUGCCCUCUUUUCUGAUCUUAAUUUUAGUUCAUAGAAACACACAAAGAAGGUAUGUGUGCUCUUAUCAUUUUGUGGACAAAAAACCCCACCUAUUUUUAGUGCUAACUUUGGGUCUCUUUAAUGUCAUGUACCCACAGUCAUUGCAACAUCGCACUAUGUAGCCACCCUAGUCAACAUUAACUAGCUUCCUAAACGUGAAUUUAGGUCUGAAUCCCUAUAAUUUAAUGCCGAAUUGUAUUGUUUGUGAAGAUGGCUAGACAGCAUUGUGCAGAGCUCAUGCUUUUGUUUCUCCUUUCGCAAUUAUGCAUCCAACCACUGUUAUGCAAAGUACACUUCUAAGGCUGUUCAGAAUGUGUUCAAAAUCUAUCUAUGUAUAAAAUAGCUAUUCAUUGAUUAAUAGAUGAUUAAUUAUGGUGAUUAAUAUAUUUUAACCUGGUGCUUCCAAAUACUUAAAGCCACUUAACUAGCAGUUAUGAUUUAAGUUUCUCAAUUUGAUUUUUA